AUGGCCACCGUCACUGCUAGCACCACUACGUCAUCAAUCGUCCGCGCAGCUCUUGUACACAAGCCAUCAGUAGGAGUCUCAUGCUCACCUGUUCUUGGCUUGCCAGCAAUGGCUAAGAAGGGAAAAGUAAGUUGCUCCAUGGAUGGAAAGCCUAGCGUGGAGGAAAAAUGCAAGGGAAUGAGUGCAUCAUUGAUGGCAGCUGUGUGUGCUGCAACCAUGUCAAGCCCAGCCUUGGCUCUGGUGGAUGAGAGAAUGUCUACAGAAGGAACAGGACUGCCCUUUGGUUUGAGCAACAACCUUCUUGUUUGGAUCCUGUUGGGUGUGUUUGCUCUCAUCUGGGCUCUCUACUUCACCUACACAGCCACCCUUGAGGAGGAUGAGGAAUCAGGAUUGUCCCUCUAA